AGAGAGAGAGAGAGAGAGAAAAGAGGAGAGAGAGAGAGGGAGAACAUCUUUGCAAAAGAUCUAUCUACCUAGGGUUUCAAACUUGUUUGUAAAAGAUCUAUCUACCUAGGGUUUCAAACUUGUUUCCAGUAUGUUUGUCUACAGUAUCCUAAAUGUAUUAUUGAUCACUGUAUCAUAGGGUUCAUUCCUAAAAUGGAAAGACAUGGUAGAGAAGUUUUGAAGAAAAGUCUACAAAAUUCUGUGUUCAAACUUCAACGCCAGCAGUAGGAUUACUUGUUUGAAGCAUUUCUAUUAAUGAAUUUACUUAGACUAACGGAUGAUUGCAACACAUAGAGGCUACAACAUCGAACAAAAGGAGAUCAAAAAAGAGAUCAACUAAUUAAGCAUAUAUGGAGAGAAGUCAAGAAACCAAGUGUUCCAAGACAAGUUCGGAUUCGUAUCCGAAUGAGGAGGGCGAGGAAGAAAGCGAGUCAAAGGAAGUUGUGGAGUUGAAGGAUGGAGGAAGUUCUAGCAAUAGCACGAUAGAGGAGAGUGAUAAGAAGCCAUCUGUCCGACCUUAUGUCCGAUCUAAGAUGCCUAGACUCCGAUGGACCAAUGAUCUGCAUCUUCGUUUUGUUCAGGCAAUCGAGAAGCUUGGCGGACAAGAAAGAGCGACUCCCAAACUGGUUCUUCAGUUGAUGAAUAUCAAAGGACUUCACAUCGCUCAUGUCAAAAGUCAUUUACAGAUGUAUAGAAGCAAGAAGAUCGAGGAUCCAAACCAAGUAGCUGAUCCAAGGAUUGAAGCCUUCAGAUAUGAAGAUCCACCGCCGUAUCGUCGUGAUUGGAUGCAUAACGCAUUGAGGGAGCAUUGCUCAUUUCAAAAAACAAAACCAAGAUUUUAUAACAUCGCUGAUAGAAUUCUUGCAAUAAACCAUGUGGAACAAGCAAAUCGUAGUAUGCAAAGUAAUCUGCCUCCUCUUAAUGAAAAAUUUUCAUGGGGAACGCAGGAAGUUAAUGAUAAUUUUGGAUCAAGAAUCUGUGAGAAGAUGGACAUGUUGCAAGGCCAAUACUCCAAGCUGCCAAACCCCACCGAAAAACUCAAUCCAUUCAAGGUUCAAGAACAUCAAAAUAUCCCUCUAGAUUUAGAAAGUACAAGUCUUGAGAAGCAUAAAGGAACAAAGAGGAAGGCAUCUGAUCCGAUUCUUGAUUUAAAUCUGUCUCUUGGGGUCCACUCAGGAGCACUGAGAGCCCGAAAGCUGUGGAAGAAGACCAUGACGAUGGAGAAGGAGAAGAACGAAAUUUGUCAUUGUCAUUGUAUUCACCAUCUUUCUCAAGAAACAGAAAAAAGUUAA